GUUAUUCAAUUUUAUUACUGUUUUUGACAUUUGCGGACAGUUUACGAAUGUACAAAUAAUGUAUUUUUAUAAUUUUGCUCAUUAAUGAUGUGAUAUUGAACCAAUUUGCAUUUAAUAAUGGAUUCAAAACCAAGUUUGAACUUAGUAUACGCGGCCGUGUCCGCUCUAUACAACAACCCAAACACAACUGAAAAGGAAAGAGCCUCGCAAUGGCUCGGGGAACUCCAAAAAUCCGUCCACGCAUGGACAAUCGCAGACGAAUUACUCCACCACAAACGUGAUCUGGAAUCAUGUUAUUUUGGGGCACAAACAAUGAGAACUAAAAUUCAUCACUCUUUUCACGAAUUACCAACGGAAGCCCAUGAAUCUCUGCGAAAUUCGCUCUUGGAACAUAUAAGUCAAAUUAAUGAGGACACUAACACUGUUAUUGUGACUCAAUUGUGCUUAGCUUUGGCUGAUCUGAUUCUUCAGAUGCCCACAUGGCAGCAGGCGGCUUUAGACCUGAUCAAUAGGUUUUCAACGACUAGUAUGUGGCCACUGCUGGAAAUUUUGACGGUUUUGCCCGAGGAACUGGAAAGCCGUUCCGUUAGGUUGGGUGAAAACCGGCGCGUCGUGAUGCUUGAAGACUUGAAAUCGUGCGCGGCCACCGUCAACGAAUUCCUCACCCACUGUUCGAACACAUUUGGCGGCAAUUGGCAAGAAAACGUCCAAAUCAACGUAAAAAUCCUACGUUGUUUAACUUCCUGGGUGUCAGUCGGCGCAAUCACUCUGAAUGAAAUUGCCGACAAUGUGGUAGUUUCGCGUGCUUUCUCGGUUCUAAACUACAAGCCUGAAGGUGACAAACCUCAAAGUGUCGCCGGGUCGUUACACGACGCCGCUUCUGAUUGCAUUUGCACGUUAUUGCAAUGCCUAGAGGACAACAACAAUCAGCAAAUCCUUGAAACAUACUUGUUCAACAACGUGAUUAAUUUGGAAAUUGUUUAUCACUUAUCGGUGGCGAAUGAAGAUCAAGAGAAGUCGAUUAAUUACUGUCGGAUUUUUACCGAAUUAGCUGAAUCUUUUUUGGAGAAGAUUAUCAAUAGUUGUAGCACCAAAUCGUUUCAUUAUGCGAUUAAAGUGUUGGAUUUAGUUUUGAUUUGUGUGGGACAUCACGAAUAUGAAGUUGCCGAGAUAACUUUUAAUUUAUGGUAUGUUUUGAGUGAGGAAUUGUAUCAGAAGAAUAGUAAAGAAUUGACCGAAUUAUUCCGACCUUAUGUAGAGAGGUUAAUAACGGCGUUAUGUAGACAUUGUCAAAUGGAACCAGACCAUGAGGGUUUACUCGAAGACGGUGACGAUUUUAAAGACUUCCGAUUGAAAGUUUCCGAUUUAGUAAAAGACGUUGUUUUCAUUGUCGGAAGUAGCAGUUGUUUUAGACAGAUGUUUAUGAAUUUGCAAGCACCAGGAGUCACGUGGGAUUCCAGCGAAGCCGCUUUGUUCAUAAUGCAAGCCGUCGCCAAAAAUGUCUUGCCGACCGAAAACGAAGUCGUUCCGAAAGUAGUGGAAGCUAUACUUUCCCUCCCCGAAAACACACAUAUCGCAGUUAAAUACACUUCAGUCCUGCUAUUGGGCGAGCUUUGCGAAUGGAUCGAGAAACACCCGAAUACUCUCGAUCCGAUUCUCAAUUUUUUGGUCUGUUGUUUACCUCAGGCCGGUGUUGGGGCUGCUGCUGCCAUCUCGUUGCAGAGUAUUUGUGCGACUUGCAACGACCACAUGCCGAGACAUGUUCCAGUUUUGUUGCAAUUGUUGCAGCAAGUCGAUACGUUUGCGAUUACGAAUAAUGCGGUUAUAGGAUUGGUGAAAGGCGUCGGUGCGAUCGUGGGGUGUAUGCCUCAUGCCGAGUUGACCGAUGCGAUGAGGAAGUUGUGUUCACUGCAGUUGAAUCCACUGUGUCAGCUUAUAGAGCAGGACGUGGUGCCGGUUAGGGGCACCAAGAGUGAUCCAGUGUUGUGGCUGGAUAGGCUGUCUUCGGUGCUAAGAAAUGUCAACGUUAGGCUCUAUGAAGGCCAGCCACAUCCCUGCAAGCCGGUGAUUUUGGAAGUGUGGCCCGUGCUUUCGCGCACCUUCGACAAGUACCAAAACGACCUCAGAAUAAUGGAGCGGUGUUGCCGUUCCGUCCGUUUUAUGUUGCGUUGUGUGAGUCAGCAAGUCUGUGAGCUUUUACAAAGUUUAGUCAGUCAAAUAGUCCGAAUUUAUGCGACUUAUAAACAUUCGUGUUUUCUCUACGUCGGCAGUAUAUUAGUAGAUGAAUAUGCAACAAAUCCGAAUUGCGUUCAAGGCCUGUUAGAUAUGCUGCAGGCUUUCAUUGAGCCUACAUUUCAACUUCUUCAGGAAGAAAACGGUCUGAGGAAUCAUCCCGACACCGUUGAUGAUUUUUUCAGAUUAUGUUCGCGGUUUAUGCAGAGGGCGCCAGUACCGAUUUUACAAUGCGGUGCUCUUGUGCAUAUACUACAGUGUAGCUUGAUGGCUUGUACUCUAGAUCACAAAGAAGCGAAUACGUCGGUAAUGAAAUUUUUCUAUGAUCUGAUUAAUACAGGAAAGUGUGGGAAAAAUCAAAUUGACUUCGAACAAAGAAAAGUUCUCGUUACUAGUAUUUUAAAUGAAUACGGACAACAAUUAGUGACUAAUUUGCUUCACGCUUGUGUUUUUUAUUUACAUUCGUAUAUGUUGAGUGAGGUCGCGGAUGUUUUUGUCGAAUUGUUAGAGUUUGAUAGAGAAGCGGCAAGAAAAUGGUUGGCGAAUGGUUUAGAUACGUUACCUAAGGAAAGUAACGGCGGAAUUAUGUCAGCCACUCCUCAGCAACUGAAUGAUAUACAUGCAUCAAUGACUAGGUCAGACACGUCAAAAUCAGUUACACAUGCUCUAAAAGAUUUGACAAGAUUUUAUCGUUAAUACUUUAUAAUUAUAGUACUAUUUUGAAAUAUACGUAUGUACUUUCAGUGCUUUGUGA